CUCUACAUUUCGAUCCUCGCUUCAUGGUUUUCCUCGAUCAUUUACAUGUCCGACGACUUGAUUUUCCUGACUUUCCGUUUUCUCUUCUUCUUGUGCGCCCGAUGCUCCGAACGGGGACAGUCACGGACGAGCAGCUGUCGAUCUUGCAUUUCUUGUUCGGCAAGAACUUGGAGCGAGCGACGAGGAUAGUGGACCAACGAGGCGUGAAGAGGAUCUCCGGCGAGCCCAGUGGGCGCUCCAUCUUCCAGGUCGUUGGAGAAUCUCGGAGAAAGGAAGAGUACUUGUGUUUCCCGGAACAUUAUUGUGGCUGUUACUCAUUCUUUUACGACAUUGUCAAUAGAGGCGAACAGCUCUGUUGUAAACACCAACUAGCUGCUAGACUCGCUGCGUCGCUCGGAGCUUGCACUGAAGUUAGAGUAUCCGAUGAGCAGCUGGCCGUCUUAUUUUCCAAACUCUGAGCAUGCUGUUGAAGAGGUGAAUGCAUCCGAGUACAUCAGCCAGCUUUUGCAGUUGUGAUUUUUCAAGCUUGGAUUCGAUUGAGCUAAUACGGGUUCUCAUUUUAACUAGAGGAGAACAGGUUCUUGCGGCAUGCGCGCAAUAACAGCACCAUCUAGCACAGGCUCUCCUUAUAUGCAGAAUCGAGUCGUGUCAGGCUUAUGGGGAGUAGCCGCAGAAGGAAUUUUGCAUGCCGGCGCUCUCUCAAACUUUGGACUAGUUGGAGAAGUGCAAGCUUAUUUUAGCCUUCUGCAACUCCUUGGCCUCAUAAGGUGUCCCAGUCAAUGUAUGGAGCUUUCUCUAUGAAUUGUUGACUGCAGGCGCUCGACAGAUAUAGAGGAAGUGAGCUUGUGGUCCGGCAAUAAGUUGUAAAGAUGGUUUAAGUUUGACAAUUACAUUAUUCACAUAUAAGUUUCAUACCAA